GUUCCUUGUGCAGGAAGUGGUAACAUGGGGCGAUGAGAUACACAUGAAAGUCAUUCUACCGGCAAAACUAGAGGCGAGACAAAAUUGACAAAAGCUCCGUAUUUAUCCUCCUGUUGUUAGUUUGUUACAGUAGAAAGUUAUAGUUCUAUGUUAGGUUUGAUUCGGAAUGUGUAUUGCUAUCAUACAACAGCCACUAGUCAGUAAAGCUGAAGGGCUGGCUAGUAGUAACCGUAACGUUACAGUAAUUUGUAGUUACAUCAGAAUAGGGCUUGGCAAUCUUACCCCAACAUUGUCAUCAUGAUACGAACAGGAGUGCAGCAGAUGGCCAGGGGACUGUGCCAAAUAAUGCGACGUGAAAUCUCAAAGGGAAAUUUCAACAACAACAUCAGACAACAAAUGACUCCAAGAGGGACUCUCCAGUUUCCCUGGUCCUCUAUCAACAGUGUCCGAACCAUGGCGGUGCUGCCCUGGCCUUUCGCUUUCCAGCCACGGGACUUCAGCCUGCCCAACACGUCCUGGGGCUCCGACAUGAGGCGUCUGUAUGAGCACUAUAACAGCCAGUGUGAGGUAGAGACAGAUGACGGAGAGAAGAAGUGGGGGGUCUGGAGAAGACUGCCCAGCUAUAACCGCUCCCUCAAGUAUGCCACAGGUGGGGUGUAUCUGAGUAAGAUCAUUCAGUCGAAGGCGCGUCUGUUCACGCGGAACAUCAGGGAGCAGGGUGCAGCGUUCGAGUACGUCGUGUUUGUCAACAAGCAGGAGCAGAAGUGUGUGUGUGUGUUCCAGGCUGGCCACCUACUGGAGGGACCCCCGGGGCACGUCCAUGGGGGGGCAAUAGCUACCAUGAUUGACACUGUAACAGGGACCCAUGCCACCUACCUCUCUGGGCCUGUCAUGACUGCCAACCUCAACAUCAACUACCGCAGCCCCAUCCCAUUGGGUAGUACAGUGCUGCUCACCUGCUCAUUGGAUAAGAAAGAGGGACGGAAAACCUUUGUUUCCUGUCAAGUGACCAACACGGACAGUUCCAAACUACACACAGAGGCCACAGGGCUGUUUCUGUCAAUCACAAUGGGACACCUAUUAGGAGGAUGAUGGAUUGGCCAGCUCAUCGACCAACCAGACGCUACAAACACACAACAUCAGAAACAGCACUGACUUCCUAGGGGGUGUGUUUGUCUGCACACAAAUGUUUGGGUGUAUGUCAGUACCUUAGUGUGGGAGUGUGUAUGCUUUAGUGUGUGUGUGUGUGUGUGUGUGUGUGUGUGUGUGUGUGUGUGUGUGUGUGUGUGUGUGUGUGUGUGUGUGUGUGUGUGUGUGUGUGUGUGUGUGUGUGUGUGUGUGUGUGUGUGUGUGUGUGUGUGUGUGUGUGUGUGUGUGUGGUUAUGACUGUCAGAUCCAGUAAUCUUCUUAACUCUAGCAGUUUGCCUGAGACACCUGAUGCCUUGCGCUCCACUGACAUAGCCUACAGAUACUGUAUAUCAUAGACACAACCAGUUGUGGAUAUUGUACCUCUCUUUCUCCACUGUUACACACUCCUGGACCACCAGCUCCAGUCAGAGUGAAGGACAUAACCUCUGGUAUAUUAUAUUUAGUUCGAGGCUGUGGAUACAACUUUUCUGAACCCUUCUUCCCGACAGCUAAAGGUCCCGACACUUCUGCAUGUGCAGGAUUCUCUACUUUUACGCACCUCCCUUCACAUUUCUCAGUCAAUUGUGAAUGAUAAUCUUCAUGUUUUACCUGUGAAACAUCCAUGCAGCAUCUGCAUACCUGUGUCUAGUUUCAAUCAUAGCACAUAUUCUGCCUAGUGACACGUGCUGUUGAGUUUUGGCCACAUGAGAGAAAAAUGUGCCCGUUCGCACAAUCAUCCUAAAAUCUCAUAAGAAAUGAGGUGGUGUUUUGUCUUAAAGUAAUUUUAUACUACGCUAUUAUAUUGGGUUCUAUUAUGUAGAAUACCAUCAUUGUGUGAUCUGUCAGACAUUGAUUCAGCUUUGAUCUAACUUUAUUAAACGAGCUCCAUUCACCAGAGUAGCUUGUUCUCUAUGAGUAGAACAGAGACGGUGUGUAAAGAAGCUUCAGGACCUUUAGCCGUCGGAAUGAGGGGUCUAGAAAAGUUGGAUCCACAGCCACUCCGAUAUAUUUAAUAGAUUGUUUAUUUUUAGUAUUUUAUUUAUAUAAUUCUGAAUAAUUUAUUGGGCCUUUACAGUUUGAGAUUUGAAUCAUUGCUGAUACGUUAUUAUGUGACCAUUAUGACCUCUUGAAUAAAGCCUUACCUCUUUGGUA